AUGCUCGGGGUGGGCUCACGCAAGACGGCGGUGGUCUCGUCCAAGGCACACGCGCGCAAGGCGGCAGGCGAAGGAUCACGAGCGGCGGUGUUGUCGCUGUAUGCGGUACCACCGACGGAAGAGCUUUCGCUGCAAGAGUUCGAGGAGCUGGCGCUCAAGAGGGUGCAGCUGCUCAAGGCCAUUGCGGCGGCCAAGGCGGUGGGCAAGAGCGGGAAGGAGCUGUCGCUGGCGGUGGGCAAGGCCGUGGACGCCUUCCUGCCCUUCCGGGCUACCUCGCGUGACGAGGCUGAGCGCGAGGACCAUAUCUCCCACUUUAUUCUCCGUCUGGCCUACUGCCGCACCGAGGAGCUCCGCCGGUGGUUCCUCACCCACGAGUGCGAGCUGCUGCGGUGGCGCAUCGGCCGCGAGAGCCCUGCCGCCGUGGAGGCUUUUCUUGCCCGCGAGAAUCUCAACUAUCCCUCGCUCACCAACGAGGAGCUGGCACGUUUUGAGGCGCAGCUGACUACCAUCUCGACCAUCAUGAAGCGCAAGGACGAUCGGGCGGCGCUGGCCCAGGCGGCGGAGAGCUCGUUGGCCUCGCUGAAGACGACCGGCAAGCUGGCCAAGGACGCCGGCGGUGUCGGCGGCGGCAUUCGUCUCACGGCCGGCUCGUACUUUAAGGUCCCGUUCGAGCAGGCCAUCGAGCUUGUGCAGCGGCGGCAGGUGUUUGUCAACGGCGGAUGGGCGUACGUCCGGCGCAAGGAUAUGGUGGCCAUUGUGGUGGCCGAGUUCCGGUCGCGGCUCUCGCGGUCGCUCGCGGUGGCGUCCAAGGCGCUGCCACAGCUCUCUGAGGACGAGCGGGUUGUCCCGCUCCUCACCAACCUCUCGCGGCAGUACCUUGGGCCGGACUACUCCAAGACCAAGGUAGAGGGUGCCAUCUCGCUUGACCAGAUCGACACACUUGCCAAGCGGUCGAUGCCGCUGUGCAUGUCGAACCUGCACUCGCACCUGCGGUCGGCCCACCAUCUCAAGCACGGUGGGCGGCGGCAGUACGGACUCUUCCUCAAGGAUAUCGGGCUCUCGAUGGAGGACUCGCUCAACUUUUGGCGGGCUGAGUUUACGCAGAUGAUGACGCUGGACAAGUUCUCCAAGAGUUACGCGUACUCGAUCCGCCACAACUAUGGCAAGGAGGGCCGCCGCGUCGAGUCGCGCGCCUUUUCGUGCGUUCGCAUCAUUACGGCCAACGCACCGGGUCCUGCCGAUCACCACGGCUGCCCGUUCCGCCACUUUUCGCCCGAGAAGCUCGCCCACACGCUCACCGCCAAGGGCGUCGGCGGCGCCGGUCUCAAGGAGAUCCUCAACCUCAUUGCGGGCCACCACUACCAGAUCGCAUGCACCCGCUACUUUGAGCUGACUCAUCCCGACGCCGAGACCGUCCAGCCGAUCGAGCACCCGAACGCGUUCUUUACCCAGUCCGAGGCGUACUGGCGGGCCAAGCAGGGCUCGUCCGGCGAGGAAGCUAAGCCCAAGCUCCGCCUUGCUAGCUGGGCCGUCUGUUGA